CCCCAUUUGCUCCCAGACUCACCGUCCGACGAACGUAUCUAUGCUGGGACGUAUCUGCCUGCAACAGUACAGGGCAGAAGUGGCUUAUUCCGUGCUACUCCAGAGGUGCAAACCUGCAUCCGUGGGGGGUUCUUCACCGCAAAAACACCUGAAGUGGGCCCGGAUCCACUAAGCAUCGGCGAUUUUAACAGCACACGGCUGGGGAAGGCACCAACAACCAUGGUGGCUAAACACACGACCGAGUCUCUACACUGCAGCGGCAGCAAUCCACGAUUUACCUUCUUCUCCACCUCCUUUCCAGAAGAACAAUGUCCCAGCCGGUUUUUAACGACCUCGAGGAAGGUGAACCCUCUUUGUGGAGACUGAAAAAACCUUGGGUGCUCGAAAUCCUCCGACGCGAGCGCCAUCGGCCGACGGCGGAUCCCAACGACGAGCAGCUGCGAGAGAUGUUCAAUGCUGCUUAUGACGGCCACGUCGACCGACUUAAGGUGGCCUUGACGACCCUGACGCAGUCCCGUGAGCAAGUCAAUAUCAGCAUGCUUCACUACCACGAGGGCUGGAACCAUGUCCAGACGCCGUUGCAUGCGGCUGCAAUCCGCGGCCACCUUGACGCUGCCACGCUCCUAAUCGCGUUCGGCGCCGACUUGGAAGCGUACGUUGGCUAUAUGGGUGAUCAAUACACACCGUUGCAUUAUGCGGUCAGGUCCGGAAGUCCUACCUUGGUCCGACUUCUGUUAAAUUCGGGUGCCGACGUUACCGCCCGCUGGAAUCAAUAUCUUGGGGACGACGAGGGCAUCGCGACUUUCUUGGCACUAGAGUGCGGCCACGAACCCGAGCCGAUAAUCGAAACGAUUGAUUUGCUCCUAAACGGCGGUCUGGAUGUUAAUGAGCCAUCAUAUGAGCAUUACGAGGGGAAUCGUCUGACUUAUAAAGCUCUGAAACUUGGCUCUGGCAAGCUUGUUAAGCAUUUGAUCAAGCGCGGUGCUAUUCUGUCCCAAAACCACGACUUAAACCUUCGUCGAGCAGCUGGGAGCCAUCGAUCUUUCGAAGCCCUGGAAUUUCUGGUUCAAGAGCAAGGCCAUCGUGACAUCGACAACGACCUAGUAGCGCUCUGCACAAUAGCGGGGAAUUGGGAUAAUCACUUUUUCGAAUUUUCAGAGCCACGCCUCCGAAUGGCGCACUUGCUUAUAGCACACCUCGUACGGGAUUUGGGUCCUGGAAAAUCCCUCAACGAUGUGCCAGGCAUCCACCUCGUAUUACGGACUGCUAUCUCCAGCAACGGCGCGCCUUUGGCACGGUUGUUGCUGCAGAACGGGGUCGGUACACACAUCGGACUUUCAAGAAAUUCGGCCCUCCUCGUUGCUUGCAGAAACAGGGCGGACCCGGACAUCAUUGAAUCCCUUCUCGUCGCCGGGGAGGACGUCAAUUGUCACAACAAUCCCUUAUACUCUGAUGAGACACCCCCGUUACUGGAAGCUUGUAUCACGAAUUCCGAUCCCGAAGUCAUAAAGAUGCUUUUGCAAGCUGGCGCGGAGAUCAAUUGCCGCCGAAAAGAACCCCCUAUUCGUGUCAGCUGGCAAGUCAAUCCCCAUGGGGGCUAUGGCGGUGACAAUGCUCUACACGAAUCAGUUCUAUCCCCGUCAACUGUCAAGCUGCUCUUAGAUGCUGGGGUGGAUCCUAGAGCACGUAACAGCUGCGGAGAGACCCCCCUAUUAACUCAUGCUCGCCUACUUGGCGCUAGAUUCACGUCCUUUGGGUCGAAGCCAACCAAGGAUGACUUCAUAGGCUGCAUUCGCCUCUUAGCGGAUGCAUGUCACAAUCUCGAUGACAUCAACGCCGUCGACCACCGCGGCAGGUCAGCGCUGCAUCUCCUUGCUCGAAAACUUCUUGAUGACUGGGAGCCUCCCAACGCGCCAUAUCAGCACAACGUCGAAACAUACGUAGAAGCUGUGGGAAUUCUGAUCCGACGGGGCGCUCGUCUUGACAUUCGAGACAAUCAGGACAGGACCGUAGCGGCUGCGUUCCAGCAGGAGGGCGGGCAUCGGCUGCUGGAGGCAUUGCGGAAGGCAGGCGCGCAAAUACCAGGCGAAUAGCAUUCCUAGGCACAUACCAGGCAGAGAGGAUUCACCAUCCAAUCUCCAUUCCAAGCCCGAGGACGAAACCAACGCCCCGUUUGCUCUCUUUCUGGAUGGACCCGAGGAGCUGCCAGGACAGAUACCCCACGUGUGCCGCUCGUUGUUCCUCAAAAUCGCGUCGGUGGCUGUGUUAGCCGCCAGUGUGGAUCUCUUGGCGGUUACUGCUUGCUGGGCCUCACCAGCUGCUGGACUCUGCGUCCCUGCGCGCCCGCGGCGGGUUCGGUACCAUAAACAGCGUAGGUUCCAGUCUGUCGGGACAUAUGCUGAGUGUAUGAUAUCACACUUGACGCCCAUAAGUGGCUCAGCGUUGAGAGGUAGCGGGUCCAAUCAUGGGUGUUGGUUCUGGCUUUCAUCAAAAUGCUGAGUGUACCAUGUUGGGCUCCACGCCCAGGCACUUCGAUGAAUCAACCAUAAUGUUGAGCGGAGCUUUAGGGGCUGGCAGGCGACUAGAAUAAUAAUAAUAUGUCGAUAUCGACGAACAACAC